AUGGAGCUCUUCAGUGGGGUGGCAACCCUGUCUCGAUGUUGGAGGGAAGCUGGGUAUCCAACAUGCAACCUAGACAUCAGGGAUUGGAAUCCAUGGGCUGAAGCUCGGGCUGCUGCGGGACUUCCAACAUCUAAUGGAAACCCACUUGACUUGACUACCCCAUCAGGGUUCGGGCUACUGUUGAUGAGCAUCAUGAAAGCCAAAGACAAUGUGGUAGUGUCCAUUGGACUACUUUGCUGUACUUUUGUGGCAAUUUCUCGCGGCUCGACAUUCCGUCUUCAAGCAAGCAUUUUGGAUGAAGGGCUGGGGAUCAAAGACGGCAAAGAGGACUUGCUUAUGGAGCAACAGGAAUAUCCGAUUGGGUAUGGAAGACGUUUCGCUACCUUGAUGAAUCGCUUCAAGAAGGAAGUUGUGGGCCCAAAGCAUCCAAACCCAGCUUCUGACUUGGAUGACCUGCACAUCGUGCUCCCGGAGCUGAUGUCGGAUUUGUGGGAAGUUGUGCCAAGCUCAGUGGCCAUCAGUGCACCGAAAGAGGGUGUGCAUCGUCCAAGUGGUUAUGCAUUGGGAGACUGCCAUCACGCUCAAUCCAAGGCUGCAAGAGCACGCCUCGAGAAGUUGACUGCUGAGAAGUCUUCGCAGGCGGCAACGCCGCCUCAGGCCAAGAAGACUGUUGGCUCGCCGGCAAGUGAUCUGGAAGACUUUGAAGAAGCUGGAGAUGCCCUGGCAGACAGCUGUGUCGCCCUACCGGAUGAAGAAGUGGCACCGAAAGCCAAGAAGGAGAUCACUGCAGAGACCAGGGGGAUGCAGGCACUGAGCGCCAUGCUUCGUCGGCUGUGCCGGCCAAAGGAGUCAAGCGGACGGCUUGAAGUGAGCCCUGAGAUCCACAAGCAGUGGGCAGCCGGAGGCGACCAAAGGAAGGCUUUGCUUGAUAUUCUGAUCAAAACGAAUGGAAAUAAGGAAGCCUUCAAAAAAGAAGUGGAGCACAUUCAGAAGAGGUCCCGAAAGAACACGGUGAAGGUGGACAAAGGCUUUUAUACAAAGGAGCAAAUGAAGAAAGACUUGGGCUGGUCGAUGAAGCGAAUCAAGGCUGCGUGUGCCUUUUGCACUCACAAGUCCAGGGUGAAGACCCAUGUCAGGCGAGACAAGUAUGAACAUGAUGUCAAAGAAUACUGGGUCGACGUAGCUACAACGGGAAGCUUUGAGAAAGAGGAUGAAGAAGCUUUGUAUGACAAGUCUUCUGUUGAUGGGACUUCCACCACCUUUGACCUGGGGCUCCCCGGCAGUGACCCAACUGCUGCUGAUGGCGAUGAUGGACCUGAGUCAGACGGAGAGUCAGGGGAUGCGGACUCUGACGCUGAUGGGGCAGCUGGCAGCGUCCGUUCGAAGGGUUCCAACAAGGCACCCAGGAUUCCAGACAUGGACAAAGAGCACGUGUUCGAGGCCCUCGAAAAUGUAUCCUCUGUCAUGACGAAUUUGUUGAGGGUACAGUCUAAGAUGGAAGCAACUCGAGACAGACUGUCCGCUAUCGAUUCCGCUGAUGCAAAGCAGAGCCUUAUCAAGGUGACCGGAUACAGGGAUAACCUGGUGAAACUGCAUGAUGAGAUUGCAGACCUGAAGUCUUACUUUGAUGGACAGAUGGAUUGUGAGGAAAAGUUUGAUGAUUCGAAAGUCAAAGAGCUCCGGGACGUGCAGCGCAGAAUCGAAGUGGAGUCUUCCCGUGCUUUGAUGGAAGAGAUGAAGCUGAAGAAGUCUGGGUCUUAUGACGGUCUUAUGACAAUCCUGCGAAGUGCCAAAGUUCCAAAGCCUGAGGCCGAUACCGUUCCUGGCUCAAAGGUGCCAGGACAGGCGAAGGCCAAGGCGACGCCUAAGGCCAGUAGCAAAAGAAAGGCCCAAAGAGCUGAGGAGCAAGAGGCUGAGGUGCCACAAUCGAGUGGCAAGUGCCCCAAGGUCAAGAAACAGAGGGGUCACUGUCCUCAGCGCCAAGAUUCUUCAAAGGAUCUUCCGCCAUGUGGUCCUGCAGCAAAGGCUGUGGCAAGCGCGAUUGCCAAGGGGGUCACUGAGAAAGAGGCUUGCUCUUUGGUACGUGCUUUCUGGGAAGAAUUUUCCCCUUAUUUGCCGAAAGAUACCAAAGUUCCUAGCGGUGCUUUUUGCAGACUUGCAACACGAUUGUCAGAAACUGGACAUGAAAAUUUGCUGGUUAGCAACUUCCCGAAGUUUGACUUGUCUACAAACAUCCCCUUGACCUACGUGGAUGUUGGCCUUCGUGAACCUCAUCCUGCCCUAGCUGUUAGUGACUUCAUUGCGGCCUUAGAUUCCAUGAAGAAAAUCGACACGCUUUUGGUGGGAAACAGAGGGAAGCAAUUUAAACAAUUUUGGGAGGAAUGGAGACUUCUCCAACCAUCACACCCAGUGUUUAGCAUCCAUGGCUCGCAUCUUGCAAGAUGUAUACCGAUGAUGAUCCAUGCCGACGAAGGCACAUCAGUGAAAAAGAAAGCGCUUAUGGUCUUGCAAAUACAACCAUUGUUGGGGAAGGGAAGUAGGAAGAGAAAAGGUGACCAAGAGACACCUGGUAUCAACUUGCUGGGCCAUUCGCUGACUACUCGCUUUCUUUUUUCGGUGAUGUUGGCAAAGGUCUACAGUGGCAAAAAAAAGAAAAAUCGUCCUUUGAUGGCUCUUGUUCGCAGCCUGUGCUUGCAACUGGAACGAUGUUUUUAUGAUGGCAUCAAUGUGACCAUCGAUGAUGUCCCUCAAAACAUUUUCCUGGUCACUGUGGCAAUGAAGGGGGAUUGGCCAGCACUAUCGAAGUUGGGCAACUUGGUCCGGCACCAUGGAAGGAUGACAUCUUCUCGUGAUGAUGGAAAAGGGAUUUGUCAUUUAUGCGCUGGGGGUAUGGAAGGGCAGCCCUGGCAUGACAUUUCUUUUGCAAACAUGUCUGCAAUGCGCUCUGGUGUUCCUGCACCUUGGAACCGGGAACCAGAUUUGACGCGCGAGAUUCCUAUGGACCCUUCUUGCAAGCCGCAGUUUUUCAAGGUGUGCUGCUACGAUUGUGAGCUUUUUGGCGUUGCAUCUUUUGAAGACCAUUGUGCCGUAGUCUAUGAUGAGCUCAAAGCUUUCUGUGCGCAGAAUUCCUUACAGUUGCACAUGCUGGCCCUCACGCGUCAACUGCUAGGCUUCGCGAAAUCAAGUGAGUUUCCAGCAGGGAAUUGGUUCAAAGGCAAUGACACAGUAUCACUUCUACAAUUUCUUGAAAAGGUGCUACCAGAGAAGUGUGCAGAUCUGGCUUUGGCUGACGAUGAAACGAAAACAUUGUUUCAUCAGAUUCUUGUGGCCGUGAAGGCAGCAAACCACUUCAUGCGAACCAUGUACCAUGCUGCUCUUUGGCUCUCUGUCGCAGAGAGGCGUACUUUGAUUGAGUCAGGCCAUCACUUUAUCAAGGCGUUCAAGAGAUGUGCUGAGAUUUGUUACUGGAACGAUCUCACUCGGUUCAAGUAUCAACCAAAGAAGCAUAUGUUUGGAGAAGUGCUUUUCGAGAUGGAAUUUCAGGCCGCAGCCCAUGCCGAGUCCAUGGAUGACCUGGAGCAGUUCAUUUCGCUGCGCUUGAGCUCUCGGAGAUUGGAACUGGAGAAGUCCCAGUUGGCCUUGGAGUUGUUGGGUGUGGGCAUGAACUUCGCCGCGGUGGUCUCUGGUAUCUUCGGUAUGAACGUGAACAGUGGCCUUGAACACAAACGUCCAAUCUUCUUUUACCAGUUUACCCUGCUCAUCACCUUAGCCUCUGCAGCCUUGUCUUUGGGUCUCAAAACGUUCGUGUCGCGGCGGCUGCGGCGGCAGGGGGAGGCGUUGUUGCUUCCCAACGCCCCGCGACGACGGCGCAGCGAGCGGGUCAUUUAAGAGGUGCCGGUCAAGCUGCGUAUUGCAGGUGGUCAGGGCAUGAGGGAUUGGUUCAAUUUUGCAUGGGCCGGGUUAGG